AUGAAAAGAACGAAUUUGAUUUGUGUUUUCAUAGUAACUCUUCUCGUAUCUUUUACAAAAGGUGCACCAGCUAUUAAACCUUCAUUUGGUAAAUUUAUCGUAUUUGGAGAUUCGAUAUCUGACGUAAAGAAUUAUUAUAAAGCAUCAAAUGGGUUAUUUCCAAGUAAUGGUUAUUAUGACGGACGAUUUUCGGAUGGUCUUUUAUGGUGUGAUUGGCUUUCCAAAUUCUUAAAUACCACCAUGAAAAAUUAUGCUUUUGGUGGUGCAGGUGUUGAUUCUGAUUUGAUUGCACCUAGUCAAAUGAUAUCUCUCAACUUUACUUUCAUCAUACCGGGAAUUAAACAGCAAGUUGAAUCAUUUCUCGUUAAUACUAAAAUAAAUGACGAUUAUACUAAUACUUUGUUCUCUCUUUGGUCAGCCGGAAAUGACUAUCUUUCUUUAAAUUUUAAAUUAAAUCCCGAAAUAAUAGUGAAUUCAUUAUCCAGCUCAAUACAAAGGUUAAUUACAACCGUGGGAGCGAGUUAUUUUUUGAUAAUGAACAUGUCUGACGUGAGAAAAUCACCUAGAUUUAAUUCAAAAUCAGACGAAACAAAGGAACUAAUUCAUUCAACCAUCAUCCGACACAAUGAAUUACUUUCCUCUAUGGUUACCAACUUAUCAAAAGAUUAUAAUAUACAAAUCUAUUUUAUUAAUACUUACGAAAUAUUCGAUCGAGCCAUGACUAAAAAAGGACAAGGUUUAUUAGGUAUAACUAAUAUUGUUGAUGCUUGCCAACCUGUUCCCGUCAUUUCUCUUCCAAUUUGUGAUAAAUAUUUCUGGUUUGAAAAUAUACAUCCCACCAGAGUUGUUCAUAAAGCUUUCGCCGACGAGAUUGUUAAUCAAAACUUUACAUAA